AUGAUCGACUUUAGCUUUCGCGAAGCGUCUGCUAUUUUUCUUCUAAUAUGGUACAUUGUGAUUCUAGUGGCCGCGUACUCCGGUUUUUUUGCCCUCAUGAAUCGGUACCGGAAACCGCCCAGUUUUCCGUUGAAUGAACGUGACAUGGAACCGGUGCUGAUUAUCCGGCCAUUGAAAGGCAUUGAGCCAGAAAUGUACUCGUGUUUGGAAUCGUCAUUUCUUCAAAACUACCCACAGAACAAGUUUGAAAUUUUGUUUUGUGUUGACGAGACCAAUGAUGCGGCGAUUCCCGUGGUCCAGAGCCUCAUACAACGGUACCCGCUGGUCAGAGCUCAAAUAUUGGUGUCGAAACAUGACCCUGAAACCAACCAGUCAACGCAGCAUUUUGGCCCGAAUCCCAAAGUCAAUAAUCUUGCCAAAGGGUUCCGCGCCGCCAAACACGACAUUUUGUGGGUGAUGGAUUCGAAUGUGUGGGCGUCGCCUAAUGUUCUUCGAAAUUCUGUUAAAACGCUCAACUAUAAUACUAAUAAUGGAGUAGCAGUGCUGGGCUCGCGGCGCAACAAAUUGGUCCACCAUGUCCCGCUCGCGCUCAGUGUGAGUCCACAGGCACCGACCGACUCGGAGUAUGUAACAAACUCGACACCGAACUCGUCAAGUUCAUCGAGUCUUUCAAUUUCGGAGCCAAAAUCAACCUCAAAGCUAAUUUCUCCAAAUUCAACUUCAACCUCAAGUUCAAGCUCAAUACCGCUGGCACAGCUGUCCCUGUCAAUACCGCUCCUGUCAAUAUCGCUGCCGCUGUCUAUUUCGCCGCCGCGGCGGCGGCUUCUCAAAAAAUUCGGCGCCAAACUCGACGAAAUGUUUCUUCUCACAUCGCAUCUGAAAUUCUAUGUUUCUCUCAAUAAUCUCGCCGUGGCGCCCUGCGUCAACGGCAAGUCCAACAUCUACCGUCGCUCCGACUUGGACUUGGCGGUGGCAGCCAUUCCCAUCAAGCACUCGCCGUUCUUCAAUACUCCAGCCGUGCGCAACGACGCUCUUCAAUUAACUCGAGAAGCCAAACCGGGAAACUCCAUCAAGUUUUUCUCCAAAUAUAUUGGCGAAGACAACAUGAUUGGAAUUGCCUUAUGGGAAAAUCUUCAUGGCCGUACCGGACUCACGUCCGAUGUAGUGAUUCAGCCGCUCAGUGGAACAGACAACACCAUCAGCAAUUACGCCGAAAGAAGAGUGCGGUGGCUCCGCGUGCGCAAGUAUAUGGUGCUUGCGGCCACAUUGAUCGAACCCACCACCGAAUCCAUCAUUUGUGGGGUGUACGGAACUUAUGCCGUUUCUACACUUUUCUUCAACCAGUGGUUCAACUGGAAAUAUUUCGCAUUUCAUCUCGCAAUAUGGAUCCUCACCGACUACUGCCAGUACUACACAUUGAUCUACAACAUUGCUAGCUUCGAACACCCGCCAAAAUGGCUCGCUAGACACAACCUCCCACCAUUGAAAAGACCAUUUUUCAGCUGGAUCCAGGUGUGGUUUAUGCGUGAACUCUUGGCGCUCCCCAUAUGGAUUUCCGCCAUGUGCGGCCACGAAAUCGACUGGAGAGGCCGCCCGUUCAAAAUCAAACCGGACUUGUCGGCGGAAGAGCUCUAG